CCACUACAAUAUGUAUAUAUAGAUGCAUGUGUAUAUAACACUGAGCACAAAUGUAUUCACCCAUAUCAUUUAGUUUAUUCAUGUCAGUGGACCUCAAUCAAUAAGCAUCCAAAAUGUCCUCCUAUCGUUCUAGCAUGUCUUCACAAAUCAGUCGCCCUGGUUUUAGCAGUUUUUCAGCCUUUGGGUCAGGUUCUGGAGGUGGUUUUGUCAGUAGCUCCAGUGGAGGUGGUGGCUAUGGUGGUAGUUUUGGUAGUGGCUAUGGUGGUGGCUUUGGUAGCGGCUAUGGUGGUGGUUUUGGUAGCGGCUAUGGAGUAGGCUUUGGUGGCGGAGCUGGAGGUGGUCUUGCCAUCAGCUCCAGCGGUGGAUAUGGAAUGGUUGCAUCUGGCGGCAAUUAUGGAAGUUUUUCUGGAAAUGAAAAACAAACCAUGCAGAACCUCAAUGAUCGCCUAGCUUCCUACCUGGAUAAAGUCAGGGAAUUAGAGGCAUCUAACAGCAGCCUGGAGUUGAAGAUUCGAGAGUGGUAUGAAAAACAAGUUAGUGUUGGCAUUUCUGCAACUGGCAAAGAGAGCCGCAAGCAAUUUGAUAUCAUUGAAGAUCUGAAGAACAAGAUUCUUGCAGCAACGAUUGAUAACUCACGUCUGAUUUUGCAAAUUGACAAUGCAAGGCUGGCUGUUGAUGACUUCAGAUUGAAGUACGAGAAUGAGUUGGCUCUACGUCAGAGUGUGGAUGCAGAUAUCAAUGGUCUUCGAAGGGUGAUGGAAGAUUUGGGUCUAUCCCGAGGUGACCUCGAAAUUCAGAUUGAGAGCUUAACUGAAGAGUUGGCUUAUAUGAAGAAGAAUCAUCAAGAGGAAGUUGCUGUCCUUAAUCAAAGUGCUGCUGGACAAGUGAAUGUUGAGAUGGACGUGGCUCCCGGUGUGGACCUGACAAAGAUUCUCAAUGAUAUGAGGGCAGACUAUGAAGCCCUGGCCGAUAAGAACCGUCGGCGUGCAGAAGAAUUGUUCAUCCAAAAGAGCAAUGAAUUAAAGCAGGAAAUAUCUGUUGGAGUGGAGCAAGUACAGACGAGCAAGAGUGAAAUCUCUGACUUGAGACGUAAUCUUCAGGGUUUGGAAAUCGAGUUGCAAUCCCAUCUGGCAAUGAAAGCAUCCCUUGAAGGCACCCUGGCUGAAUCAGAAGGUCGUUAUGGCGCACAGCUCCAACAAAUACAAUUCACAAUAAGUUCUCUAGAAGAACAGCUAUUCCAAAUCAGGUCAGAUAUGGAAAGGCAGAGCCAGGAGUAUAAUCAACUUCUGGACAUCAAGAACAGGCUGGAGAUGGAAAUUGAAACAUACCGUCGCCUCAUAGAUGGUCAGCUUGGACAAUACUCGUCCUCUAACUCUUCGUCCGCCUCCUUGUCCUCUUCGUCCGCCUCCUUGUCCUCUUCGUCCGCAUCCGCCUCAGCUUCAUUAUCAAGAGCAAUGUCAUCGUCAUCAUCAAGAUCAGCGUCAUCUUCUUUGGAGUCGUCAGCAGUAAAAAAAGUUGAUCAGAACAAAACAAGAAUUGUCAAGACAAUCAUUGAAGAAAUGAUUGACGGACAUGUUGUCUCUUCAAGCAUCCAAGAAGUUGAAGAAAAGAUGAAAUAGUGAAAUUUUAUUAUGGCUUGAAAUCAAACUUGUUUCCUGUAAAGAGCAAUUAUAUUGUUACAACAUUCCAAUUACAUUAUGAUAUCCAAAUUUAACGGGACACUCCAGACCCCUAAAGCACUUCAGCUUGCUAAAGUGCUUUAUAUGUGAAGAGUGUAUCCUUUAUUUUCCAUUUUACAGAAACUAAAGAUUUCACAAAAAAUUGGCACUUUUAUAAAUUAACCUUGAUACGCCCUCCCCUC